CUCGCUAAUCUUGUUUUUAAUGAUUCUCAAUCUUAGGAAAUGAUACAGAGAGAAGCGCUUCUCAAAGACAGGGCUAAUCUUGCCCGUAACCGUGCCGAGGAGGGACGUGCAUCUCAGCAAAAAACCCAGUCGCGCUCGGCAGUACUGAACAACCUCAUGCGUCAACGGGACCUUGGAAAGAUCAACGGAAUCCAGGGUCGACUGGGUAAUUUGGGCGCGAUUGAUGACAAGUAUGAUGUGGCGAUCUCGACUGCUUGUCCAGCUUUGGAUAAUAUUGUGGUUGACAAUGUUGAGGUAGGCCAGCAGUGUGUUGAAUUUGUCCGCAAGAACAAUCUCGGCCGCGUCUCUUUGAUCCUGCUGAACCAAUUGCCCAAGCGGAAUCUGGGACCCAUUCAAACCCCGGAGAACGUGCCCCGCUUGUUUGACCUCGUUCGACCAGCGGACCCUAAAUUCGCACCGGCGUUCUACAGCGUGAUGCAGGAUACACUGGUCGCGGAGGACUUGAGGCAGGCUAACAGGAUCGCAUACGGAAAACAGCGCUGGAGGGUCGUUACUCUGGAUGGACAGCUGAUCGAUAAGUCAGGAACAAUGACUGGAGGCGGUAACCGUGUUAUGCGCGGCGCCAUGAGCUCCACCCUUUCAACAGGGGAAUACACGGCCGAGGCAAUUGCACAGCUGGAGCAUGAGCGUGACCAAGCUGAAACUGAGUACAGAUUUUUCCAGCAGGAGAAGCUGUCGUUGGAGCGGGAGCUGAGCUCAACCGUGGUUAAUGUCCCCAAAAUGGAGAUGCGGCUGUCGAUGUUCAAGAUGGAUGUGGACGCUAACCAGAAACGGAUCACAGAGUCAGUGAAGCGAGUCGAGGUCCUGAGAAACGAGGCUGAACCAAAAUCAGCGGAAAUUAACAAAAUGAAGCAGCUGGCUAAAAAGGCGACAGAUCUCCGUGCUGAGGUGGUCUCGAUCAAGAAAAAUGCGGAGGCAAUCGAAGAAAAGAUCAAGGAUUUGCAGAACAAGAUCCUGGAUGCUGGUGGUGUCAAACUCCGAGCGCAAAAGUCCAAAGUCGAUGGACUGCGAGAGCAAAUUGAGGCGCUGGGCGAUAGGAUGACAAAAACCAGGGUCACCAAGAACAAGGCUGAGAAGGAUGUGGUCAAGCUCGGGACGCAGAUCGGAAAGCAUGAGAAGGAACUCGCGGAGGUGUCAGAGGAUUUACAAAAAUUGGAACAGGAGAUCAAGGUCAAGACUCAAGAGGCUGCAGGCAUUCGUAAGAAGGCCGAGGAAGCCAAACAGAUCAUGGAGGAAAAGAAGGAGGAGAUGGAAGAAAUGAAACAGGAGCUUGAUGAGAAGAUGAAGGUGAUCAACAAGAUCCGGACAGCCGAGGUGGAGAUGAAGAAUCAGCUCGAUGAUUUGAAGCAAUCGCUUGUGGAACACCAUCGUCGCAUGAAGCAUUGGAAGGACCUUCGGAGUCAACUCACAGUUCAAGAGGUUGACUAUGACGAGGAUGAGGUCGUUGCAGAGCUGCAAGAGUUCUCAGAAACGGAUUUGGCGAUGAUAGACAAGGAGUCACUUGAACAGCAGAUCCAGCAACUGGAGCACCAGCUCUCGAGCGCGAAACCCAACUUGUCUGUUUUGGAGGAAUACAAGAAGCGCGAGGAGGAAUAUCUGGCAAGGGCCAAGGACUUGGAAGAGAUGACCAUCCGGAGAGAGGAAGCCAAGAAGGCCUAUGACGAGCUGAGGAAGAGGCGACUGGACGAGUUCAUGGCAGGGUUCCAGAUUAUUUCGCAGCGGCUGAAGGAGAUGUACCAGAUGAUCACGCUCGGAGGCAAUGCAGAAUUGGAGCUUGUCGACAGUCUGGAUCCUUUCUCGGAGGGUAUUAUUUUCAGUGUGAUGCCACCUAAGAAGAGCUGGAAGAAUAUCUCUAAUCUUUCAGGAGGUGAAAAGACACUGAGUUCGCUCGCGCUGGUGUUUGCGCUUCAUCACUUCAAGCCGACGCCGUUGUAUGUGAUGGACGAGAUUGAUGCAGCACUGGACUUUAGGAACGUGUCGAUUGUGGCGAAUUACAUCAAGGAGCGGACCAAGAACGCGCAGUUUGUGAUUAUUUCGUUGCGCAACAACAUGUUUGAGUUAGCAGACCGGUUGGUCGGCAUUUACAAGACGGACAACAAGACGAAAUCGAUCUCUGUGAAUCCAACGGCGAUCACGGUGCUGAGACCCGUUCCCGUACCAACGCUAUCACAGCAGCCUUCAGGGGGGUCGCAGUCAGGAGGAGGCAGCCAUAAUACCAUGCAUGGACACCAACGGAGAGGGUCAACUAUGUCGAGACAUGGCUCGGAUCAAGUACCGCAGUCCAGUCUCUCCGCACCGCGACUAUCCAUCUCGCUCAUCAUAUCUAAAACGUGUUUCUGGCACGCCACCAAAAAGUUUUACAAGACUGCCAUUGGCGGGGAUAGAGUUGUGCCGGUAUGGACCUUUGGGCUCUCUUGGCCACUGGCAAGGUUCCACUCGCUUAGUAUGGGAAACAUUUCCGAUGAGGCCAGUGGUAGCUAUAGCACAGAGACCCAUUGGAGCCAAAUUUCGGGAAUCUCUGGUUUGCAAACUACGGCAUGAAUUAAAUCAUCAAUGGUUCUGAAGAAAACCCCCCCCCCCUUCCUCUUUUCCACUUUUUGACCCAUUUUCUCAGUCCUUCACA